AUGUGGCAUGUGCCAGGUGAAUUGCACAACGUCUCGUUGCGCUUCAUGCGCCACUUGAUGCACCUGCUGCUGUUGCUGCCACCGCAACCGGAACUCGGCUGGAAGAUACUCUACAACACCGUUCUCUUCAUCUACAUUUUGAGCAUCUUUCGCUGGCGCUUCGCCUUCAAUUACGAAGUCAUCUUCGAUGCCGUUAACGAUGAUGUCUCACGUGUGCUCGACCUGAUCAACUUUGUGGCUCUCAUUGUGGGACACUCUGUGAUGGCCACGGAGCUGCUCUGGUGGAAUCUCAGCGAUCAGAGAUACUGCAACAUCAUCUAUAAAAUCAUUGCUAUUCGAUUUUCCAUUUUGUUUUCUAUAACAAUUUUUAACUGUAUUUCCACCAACACUUCGCUGCUGCUCAUUUGUCAUCUGUACUCUGAGCUUGUCUUUACUCUACGUUGCAUGGAGUUCAGUUUGCAUGCGACGCUUGUUUUGGGUUUCUACAAGGAACUCAACGAUGUGGGAAAUGAUAUUGUAAUGAGACUUUCAAAUAAUCUUUUGGCAUCGGAGUUAAACUUGCAGGUGCAACGUUUGGCUGUUCUGCAACAAUUACAUCAGCUGCUCUGGAAAACUCACCGCGACAUCGAGAAGAACUUUGAGCGCAGCUUAAUCAUGGUCAUGAUGAAGUGCUUUGUGGAUAGCUCAGUGAUGCCUUACUGGUUGUAUCUCAACAGCACCAGAACCAAUGCUCUUGCAAUGCAGCUGUACACUGCAACUGAGGAAUUUGGAAAGCUGCUGGAGAUUUGUAUUCCGUGUUGGAUCUGCACUCGCUGCGAUCUCUUGCAACGCAAAUUUCACUCGCUUUUUCAUGGUGUCUCUAGAAAUCGCUUAAGAUACGAAAUAAACUCUGCACUGCUUAAAGUAUCUACUCAAUUGUCCCAAGAGAAGAGUCAGUUUAAUAUUGGAGGCUAUCUAACACUCAACAAUAAAAUGAUGGGCAAGUUUCUUUUUGGCAUGAUAAGCUACUUCAUCAUUUGUAUGCAGUUCAGAAUUAUGUUCAUGGGCAAAAGCCAAGCACACGGGGUCAUCAAUCUAGCCUUGCUGUGUCAAAAUGCUUCGCUGCAUUAA